UUAGUAUCAUCCAAAUGGACAUAUAGUGUCCAGUUUUGAUAUUGUUCAACAGAUAUUUUAUAACAAUAAUCAUUGUAUACUAGAUACGAGAUGUCUUUUAGGAACUUAGCGUCGAUCGCGCAUUCAACCAUGGGUAGUCUUGGAAAAUUGUUGUUUUUAUCGCUGGUGGUGAGUUCGGUGGCUGGGCUCCAGCUAGACAGCCAGGCCUCUACAAGACGACCGAGGGUCACCAAAUACAGCAAGACCACAGUCAUGCCGGGAGGAUCCACGGAGCCAGCGACGGAGAGAAGUUUAAUGACAGCGACGUAUCGUUUACAUGGAGGCGGAGAGACCUGUAUCCUGCUAACAGUGGACGCUCUCCUCGAUAUAUCAUACGUCACCAAGUUGAACGAACGCGCUGACGCAAAUACUUUUGUUCCAAACAACGCGAACGUCGCCGGAGUCUGCAAGGAGAGUGACGUGGAAACAUUAGUUCUCUCUUUCAAAGAAUUUUCGUUGGAAUGGACUUUCGAUAAGACGCCGGGCGGUGAGCGCUGGUAUGUGGACAGUCUCCGCUUGACAUACAACUCGAGCGCUCGUAUCUUGGAGCACGCGGCUAAGCAAGGACGGAAGGUCACCCUCACGACUGGACCUCGAGCCCUAUUAUUCCCUACACCCGUGGGAAAAUCAUACUUCUGCCCGGAAGAAACCAUCGUGGAACUGGUUGAAGAUGAGCCUAGCAACCCGACAUUAGCUCAUCGCGCGAAGUUGUACCUCCGCCAGAUGAGGCUCCAACCGUUCAUGUUCAAACGCGAAGGUGAGUUUGGUCCUCCGUGGCAUUGCUCGGAAUCCUUGUCUCGCUCUGAGGCGGCGCCGGUGGCCGUGGGCGCAGCCCUGGCCGUGGCCACCGCGGGAACACUUCUGGGAUACGCGAUCUUCAGGUAUUUGAAGGUCAAGAAGGUGCAGUACGACACUAUGGAGUGAGGAUUCUGAGCACACAUAUGAUUUUUUUAUUUUACAAUUUAUGUGGUCUUCUUGAGUCAGAUUUCUUUUGUUUGUAGUCUAAGGCUCCGUCUUGAGUUGUCAACUUCACCAUUUUUUAAGUCGGAUUGGUUCUGCGUUAAUUACUAAAGUAUUUAUUUUCAUAAAAGCGGUUUUCUCCGUUGGAAUUAAGUUUGGUUUGAUAAGUUUGAGCGUAUAUUUUUGUUCGUUUUUAAAGAUUUUAACUGAUAUGAUUACGUUAUUUACGUCAUUUAUUUUAAACGUCAUUAAUUAAUUUCAAGAUGUUUUUAUUAAAAGCCUGAUAUAAAUGCAUUUUGAUGUUUAAAAUUGUUCUUGUUUUUGAUAUUGUUCUCACUGAAAUGAGAGAUUUUUUUAUAAAUUAUAUUAUUUAAUUUUUAUUUCAAACAUUCCAGUUACUAUACUUGUUAUUUUAUUAAAAUUACUUAAAAUAAGCGGUAAAUUAUAAGAGAUUGUGUUGUCAAAAUUUACCUGAAGCUCUAAGACGACUCGAUUCAAUAUCAUCAAUACGACGAUACAAGAAGUUUUAAGAAUAAACUUAUAUACUGUCGGUUGUUAGCUUGGCGAUACAAACUCUUACUAUCAUUUCAUUAAAAAUAAAAUAAUACAUUGUCUUUGACAGGUAAAUUGACGUAUAUAUUUCUUUAUAUUAUAAUUUCAUUUCAAUAAAAACUAAUCUUAAGAUGGCGUCAAUGCCAUACCAUGUCAAUGUAAUGUAACAAAAGAAAAUAUGUUAAUAUUUGCGCCCUUAAGUAAAUAAAGUGAGUUUUUUUAAUAGUAGUUUUUAAAGUUGGGUUUUAUUUUUUGUAUUUGUGAAUUCAUUCGUACUGAGGGCGUUUAAUGUUUGUUAUUAAUUAAUAUAACCAACAUAACAUAAUUGGCCAUUUUAGUGCCGGUGUAAGUUUCCGAACGUGUAGUGACGCGCGUCACAUAUCGAUGGUAUGUCAUAGAUUAUCGAUAGUUCAGAAUUGUUAGUAGUGUUUGAAGAUUGUAUAUACGCUAUUAUAUAACAUAUAAAAUAGAAUGUUACUGACGUUGUCUAUAAACUCGUUGUUGAAGGUUGAAGUGUUGUUUCCGAUGUAAUGUAAAUUAACAUAUCACAUGAUAAUAAUUUAUUAUACUUUAAGAGUAAUUUUAGUUUGUAUUGUUUGCGGUAGCGGACUAAGAUACGUGUACAAGCAAUAAUAAUUUUUUCGCCAUCAUGGCCGAUAUUUGAUGUUGUGAUGUGUGCAAAACUUGGAGACACUAGUGUUUAUUAGAAUAUAUAUAUAUUGUAAUUAUUUAAUAAUUAGUGUUAGUUUAAAAAAUAUGUUUGAAACAUAAUAAUAUUACAAUAUUCAUAAUAUCGGCGCUCGGUAAUUGUGUACAGAAUAUAUUAUAUUAAUUUCUGACGACCUACCUCUGCUCGCUUCCAACUUUUUUUAAUUGUUGACAUAUAUUUAAGUACAUAGACAUUAGACAAGGAUGCAGAUAUAUAUAUAUAUAUAAUGCGAUAAUUUCACGUAAGUCCGACCAGGUGCAUAUUUAAUUUCGUGUAUAUUACUUUAUAUAUAAAACACUAGUGUCCGAGCUUUGUUAGUUAAGUUGUGUGUAAUGCUUGCGAGAAAUGGCUUUCAAUUAUUUUAAAUACUCAACAAUAUAAACAUAUCGUUUAAGUAAUAUAAGUUAUGUGAUCACAACUCAUUAUUAAGAUCACGAUGUUCACCGGUCUGUAGCUAAGUCUAGACUAGUAAGUUAUCGAUAGCUUGUCGACAGUUUCUCCUCACUAGCUUCAGCUGUACAUAUUAGCAUCUUUUGCUGUGUUAAAGUUGUUUCAAAAGCUAAAUUUUUUAAUAUAUUUACUUGUCAUUUUUCGAUAAAUUUUAUUGUUAAUAGCUUUUUUCGUCUAAUGUAAAUAUUCUUUAUUGUAUUGUGCCACCUAAGAUGAUCUCUCGCAAUAAUUUUCUGAAGAUUUUCAAACAUUUUACAAAACAUCUAUUUUCCUAUUUUGUAUAACCCGUAGCUUUCCCCGUAUAGUUCGUUAGCGAUCGGUGCGUUUGUUAUAAAAAUUAAUGUACUAAAAUUAUUAUAUGCCAUACGAUUUGUCUUCCAAUAAUGUUCUUGUAACAAUAGCGUAAAGUAUUGUAGCUUAGUAUAUACAUUAUGCGCGUGGUGGUUUAAUAUUACGUGGAAAUUAAACCUUCUAAAGGGAUACGACACCAAUAUAAAAGUUGAUAACCACCACCGAGUUAUAUCUAAGUGACAUAUCUCAAUAUUGUAAUUUAGUGCGUUCAUUUAUUGAAAUUGUCUUUAUGAAUAAAUGACGUCGAAAAUGU